AUGGCUUUCUCUCUGGGCUGUCUCUUCCUGAUCACCCUGGCCAUAGGAUCAUCUGUGGCUCUGUGGGCAGCUCCGCAGCCUGAUAUAGUCACCGGUGGCCUUAAUCCUCAGCCCACGCCGCUAGCUACAUUGGCUCCACCACCCACCUUGUCCCAGGAUCUGGACGAAAUCCAGCGCUUGAUUCAGUUCAAGCCCAUCAAUCAGCUUAUAGCGCGUUACCUGAUCAACGAUGACCAGUUUCAGGCCUUCGUGAGGAUCAUCAAUAGCAAUGCGGCCUUCAUGUCCCGUUGGCGUCUGCGUUCGCAGCCGGAGAUCAUCUUGUUCCAGCAGUGGGUCGAUCAGCAGCUCCUGGCCUCUGGCGGCGCCUUCGAAAUGGAGGAGCAAAAACUGAAAGUCACGCUAUUCAACCAGUUUCCCUAUUGGUCCGGCACAGUUUUCGGUUGGCCAGGAUUCCUCAACGAGGCACAGCUCUACUUCCCGCUGUAUGCCAUCCGAGCUCACAUCGAUGCCAAGGUGCUGCAGCAGGGCAUCUUUGCUCAGUUCUGGGCGCGACUUCAGGGCCUUCAAGUGGUCUACGAACGCUGGUUGGCCUUGGUGGAGACUUCCCAGGUGGUAGCUGAACUCCAGGCGGCUGGCAUCGACACGGUACAGUUGGAUGGCAUCAUUCGGGAGCUUUUUGGAUGGACUGUGGUCAAUGCAACCACAACUGUGGCGCCUGGAACUCCAGUGGCUCCCACUGUCAUUCCGGGAGCAGUGAUUCCUCCAGUUAAUGCUAGUCCUGUGGUUGUCUAGGUUACCUAGACAGGGGGAUUAUAUGAUAUACGAAAUAAAAAUGUGGCUAAAGGCCCUGGAUUUGUAAA